AGUCAGGGCAAGCGCCCAGUGCGGGCCGGUGGAGCCUUUCCUGAGGCCCGCCGCGGCGCUGCAACAAAAGGCCUUUGUUGGGGCCGAGGAGUUGAGGGGUCUGUCCGCACGCUUCACAAGCAGGCAGCCCCGAAGCGGUGAGGCUUUCACCAGGGCUGCACUGGAGGGUUCCCUAGGUGGCUCCCACCACCUCCCGGGCUUGUUCUCUACUUAAACUCGGUGUCCCUGGCCCAGGCAAUUUAGGUUACAAAGAGGGUCCUGGACAUUUGGAACCUUUUGCUUCAGCUGGUAGGAAGGAAAAAAGGGGGAAACCGUCCUGCACCAGUUGCUUCUUGUGAAAGGGGAGAAAUAUCGGACACUGAUCUGGGAUUAUUUGUCCAAGUGCUUCUUCCUGAAAAGGCUUCUGAAACGAUUGUUAGGCAUAUGAGAAGUGAAUUGGAAGUUUGAAGUCAUGAGCUUUUUCUUUCUAGAAGUGUAGAGUACCUCACCCUUGGAUGCUUUUGUCCAUGUAUACAUGGCUAAAUUUAUAAAGUUCUGAAUACUUUGGCUGCCAAAAUAAAGUGCUGUUUUGUUUUUAAUUACUUUUUCCUUCCAAGCAAUGUUCUUUCUGAGCCAGAGGUAUAACCAGUUUUGUGAACUGGCUCCAAAUUAAAUGCAGACUGAGUCACUGCAUAAACAUUGCUGAAAAGUUUCAUGGUGGAUAUUUUUACCCUUAUUUUUUAGAUUUUCUGAUAUAGCCUUCUGUCAUUUUGUAGUGAGACCUAUUUUCUAAAUUAAGUGUUUAAUGUUAAUUUAUUUAUAAUUUUUCUUUUAUAUUUUAAUAUUUUUUGUUGAGAAAUGUUGUUGCCAAUAAGCAAUAUGGUGGUAUUGACAGAGCUGUUAUUUACAAAUGCCUCUGUUACCCAAAGCUAGGAAAUGUUCCUCAGUUUAGAUGUGAAAUUUGGAUUUUUUGCUUCACAGUUUGUGGUGUAAAAAGUGUAUUUAUUUCACCUGUAACUGAUGCUUCUUAUAGUGAAUGUACAUGGAAUAGAUGAGAAGAAGCUGUCAGAGGAAAAAAAAAAAAAACACAAACAAACAAACAAAAAAAACCCCAACAAACCAAACUUCUUAAGGCAGAGGCUUGGCAGAUUUUGGAAAUAGCCUUGUGCAAUCUGUAAGCAACAAGGAUGGGUAGCUGAUUUCUGUGAGGUCAAAUCUAUGUCAAACAGCUACAAAUGUAGUAUUGAUAAGAACUCUGGAUAUUACCUCAACGAAAACAAACUGGAAAAGUAUAAGUCAUGCAGUACUAACACCUUGUGCAGUCCUCUUGGAUUAGGUUUGCUUUUAGCUGAAUUACUCCUGCCUCAAAGAAAAUUAAGAUGGACAGAACAACUUAAUUCAGAAGGACUUGCCAUGAGGUGCUGAAGCCUUGUUUCAGUGAUUUGGAGAGACUGGACCUAAAUGGCGCAGCAUGACUUUGCUCCAGCCUGGCUUAAUUUUCCUACUCCUCCAUCAACAAAGUCAUCACUGAACUUAGAGAAACAUUCUGAAAACUUUUUGUGGAUAGAGAAUCAUUAUGAAGCAAAUCACAGAAGACACAACUCUUCAGAUGGGUGUGAUUCUAACAUUGGAUGGCCUAAUGGAGGGCAUUUUGGGAGAAAAGAGAAGAAGGGUUGGCGUUCACAAAGCAGAAAUGAUACAGAAAAUAUAAACCAUCGUGGGGGAUACCAUGGUGGAGGUUCCUGCACUGGUACCAGCACUUUCCACUAUGGAAAAGGCCAAGGACUGCACGAAAACAAUGUAUCUGAUAAUGAAAUUGGGAAAAAGGAAGACAAGGAAGUACCCAAACAGUUUGAGGCUGAGGAUUUUCCAUCUUUGAAUCCUGAGUAUGAGAGAACACCAAACCAGAAUAAGUCUUUAGCUGCCGGUGUGUGGGAGUACCCUUUGAAUCCUAAAUCUAGAUCUCCAAGAAUGCUGGUCAUUAAAAAGGGCAGUACAAAAGAACUGCAGAUAUCUAGAUUCCCUGUAGUAGGAAGUCUUCAUUCACAGCCAGUAAAGAAUGGAACUGGCACGAGUGUUUAUCAAGGAUUAGUCCCUAAACCUGCUACUCCACCUGCAAAGUGGAAAAACCAAGCAAAAGAAAAUAAACUUGGGAAUCCAUUUUCUCAUGAAUCUGCAUAUGGUAUUAGUAAUUUCAGUCCUUUCAAAUCAACUGCCAAGGCAUUUACUGCAUCACAGAAUUCAGUGAAAGAGAGUAAUCAGUCAAAUUCAUCAUCCCUUAUUGACAAAGUUGGUCAGCCUCGUUUAACAAAAUUGACAAGAAUGCGGACUGAUAAGAAGAGUGAAUUUUUGAAAGCAUUGAAACAAGAUAGAGUGGAAGAGGAACAUGAAGACAAUAAUGAUGCUGGGCAAGAGAAGGGUGAUGAGUCCUUCAACUUGCACAGCAGCAACAGUCCUCAUCAUGAGAGAGAUAUAAACAAAAACUUUGAAAAUGAAAUUCUGCAAGAGAAUGGCAAUGCUCCAAUUACAUCUCAGCAGAUCAUUCAAUCUUCAGCUUUCCCUCGGGCAGAUGUUCUUUCAAGCUCACUUGAGGCAGAGCAUAGGCUGUUAAAAGAGAUGGGCUGGCAGGAAGACAGUGAAAAUGAUGAAACAUGUGCUCCACUAACAGAGGAUGAGAUGAGGGAAUUCCAAGUCAUUAGUGAACAGUUACAAAAAAAUGGCCUUCGGAAAAAUGGCGUUUUGAAAAAUGGCUUCAUCUGUGACUUUAAAUUUAGCCCCUGGAAAAACAGUACUUUCAAACCUGCUCUGGAGAAUGAGGAUUCUGAGACAAGCAGCAGUGAUACAUCAGAUGAUGAUGUGUGAAGAUUUCUGUAACGUGUAGAAACUUGUUUUGAUCUCAUGAAUUUCAGGAUGUCUUGUCCAAAAAAAAAAACCCACAAAACUAAUUUAUGUAGUAACAUACCCCAUUAGAAGAAGAAUGAUGAGACUUCUCUCUGAAGAAUGCAAGGAAUGUUGUGUUGAACAUUACUAUAAUAUCUUUGCAAACAAAUGUUGUAGAAUGAGGACUUGGGUUGACCCAGCAUUGACUUUGUUCAUCACUGCAGCAUUUCUGACUAGCAAUGUGACAAUGUAACUUUCUCAUUUAAUAAUAAAAACAAAAGGAAUUGUGUAA